CUCUCCCCUUGUCUGGGGCUGUCUGUCCCAUUGUGGGAACCCGCCCAAGCCGCCCAUCCUAGGAAACGAGAGCUUCCUGUUGUUUUAUAGAGCUUUCCUGCAGAAAGGUUGAGAUAUGUAAUCUGGGUCCACCAGGGAAGAGAAACAGAGCAGUGUCAGGCAGAAAUGAAAGCCCCUAAUCCGUCUCCCGUGUCUUCUGCUUCUUUCUCCUUUCUGCCUCUUCUUCUCUGGGCACUGAGCUCUACAGCAGCUGGCCUGAUAGGACAUUAUGAGGCGCCACAAGCUACCACACCAGGUUUCACUUCACGGCAUGACUCAACAACAUAUGCAAACUACCAACACCACGGCGUUAGCCUCGAAGAUAGAGGAUUCUCCAGUGAAUUAGGUUGUGGGAAUAAGUAUGUUAAUUGUGAAGAAUACUGUGAAAUUUGUGUGUAUUUUCACACAAGGACGGAGUGCUACGCGACCUUAUUUAAGGAAACCUGCUACAGUCCUUUUGUAGGGGGCAUGGAAUUAUUAAACAACACAGACUGGUGCAACUGGAACAAUGUGAAGAGGAUGUAUAACACCUUCACCAUGUGCACGGAGGAGAUAGCAGAGUGUCUGCUGAUCCCCUGGCCCAACAGGAUGGUGGAGAAUGAGUUUGUAAACAUCCACUCCAGGUUCUUCCCGGACUGUCCCAACGAGGGGCUGAGCGACCCCCCGCCCAGCAUCGUGUUUGCCCUGGUGAUGACCCCCAUCUGCCUCAUCCCCAUCAUGGUGGUCCUGGUGGUGCUCAAGACCAAGAACGGAGAUGGCAGCUCCUGAUAGGACGUCCUGGAUCCGUCCUCAUCCACCCUGCCUCACCUCCAUGUUCAGACUCACUCUCUCCAUCCCCUGAAGAUUCAAGACUGGGACCAUUGACUCAACUAUUUUUACAGAGAACUGCUUAGCAUCUUCCACCCUCUGAUGAUUGACUUAGCUCUGUGGAGUCCUACCAAAACAAUCUCACAGCCCAAACACCUGACACAUGACCUUUUUGGAUGCACUGAUACAGAAUGAGUUGUACCACAUGAGCAUUGUCCAAGGACACAGGGGUUCAAGAAAGAGUCCAUCAGUGUUGUGUAGAGUGUCAGGUCAACAUCCUCAGGGUUGCUUCUUGAAAACUCAUCUUCUCCUCAUUCCUCGAUGCUACUCUAACCAAAAGUGGCGACAGCCAUGUAAAUGUUUCGACUUCCUACACACCUUAGGAAAGUAUUUAAGAUAGUAGGGUUCAUGGACUUAUGUCAUUCUUGACAAUCCAUUCCAUGACCAUCUCCAUCUUGUCCCAGAUGUGAACCCUAACACUGACUAUGCUAAAAUGGUUACAUUCUUUACAAUAUUUUGAUAUUAUAUAGUGGAAUUCCUACCCUCUGGCUGGAAAAACGUGAGUCUCGCAUUGCUGGACAUUCCAAUUGAGUUGAUAACCAAUGACAAAGGCUUUCUAUUUGAGGAAUCCCCACUCUCCAUUUACUGUACACGCAGAAAAAAUGAUGCUAACUAGAACCUAAAAGGGUUCUUCGGCUGUCCUCAUAGAACCCAUUGAAGAACCCUUUCUGGUUCCAGGUAGAAUCCUUUUAAUAGAACCCAUUUGGGUUCAAAGUAGAACCCUUUCCACAGAGGGCUCUACAUGGAACCCAAAAGAGUUGUGCCUAGAACCAAAACGUUUUUUCUUAGAGUGUAGUUAUCCAUAUAGGAUCUCCAUCAUGUUUAUUUCUGUAUGUAACUACAGAACAAAACGUGAUGUACCCUCUCACCUGAUAGCUUUCCUGUCCUUGAAUGUGUUUUGUGUAUAUUGGAGAGCCCUCUUUGCCCUCGAGUGUAGGGUUAAGAAUGUAUGUGGUAUGGGCUGGGUGUAGGAAGGCCAUGAUGAAGGGGGUUGGCCAAGCAUCAGUCUGUGUUGGGGUCAGGAACUAGACACAAUGGGUGGGUAGCCUACGCCCAACAUGUAGUCUAUGAGAUCUGUUUCCAGGAAUUGUCUAUUUCCCAGCAUUAAGGGCCCAGCGCCUCAACCUCUCUCUCUCUCUCUUCCUCUUGACAAUGACGGCCCCCACUGUCGCCCAUGAUGAGCCAGUCGACGCAUGCCUGAGAGUUGAAUCAAGCAUUAGAUCAAAAGACGACAAACAUUUAGUCCCCCCCCCCCGGCUCAGUGUAGCAGUGAGCACUGACUGAAGACAGAAGGAAAAACUCAUGUCUCUCUCUCCUCUACUUAAACGGUGUAAGAACUGUUUGUUUCAUUUUUUAUUAUGUUGUCGUGAAUGACACUGAAAGCAUUGAGUUGCAUUCAGUUUCAGAAACAAAGAAAUAUGUAUGCUUAUGUAUUGUAUUUCUGCUCUUACUCUGGACAUAAGACGUCCUGGACUUUGUACUGUCUGUGAGAGGGGUGUGGGUCUUAGUCAAAGCAUAGCCUCUUUCCUUACACAAUGUACUGUAUAUAAUUUUAUUUCGCAAUGAAAUAUAUUAAAGCCAAAGUCCUAAUCACUUGACUUUGUUUUGAACGCUACGGAAAUGGAUUGUAGAAGUAGAUAUUGUAUUUUUGUGAAGUCUCCUAACUGGAUCUAAUUGGUUUAAACCCCCUGCCUUAAUGGAAUGCACAGCUGAUAACGCCAUGGAUGAUCCAUCAACUUUUUACUCAUUUACACACAGUGCAGAGAUGGGUGUUAUUGUGAAAUCUAAAUAGACCCUUUGCUCUUCACCAUAUAGGGCACUUUUGUAGAUAAAAUAAAUAAAAAGUAUUUACCCUG